AUGCAAGAAUUGGUGUCUAAUAAGGUAAUUUCAGAAAAAGAAUCACAAAACAAAAAUCUCACAGAAGAAAACAAAGGAUUGCAAAAUCAAUUGCAUUUAACUGAAAAGGAUUUACCUGAUUUACCUAAAAAGCAAAGCAAAUUUAGACGAUUAAGAACAAAAUUAAAAACUGAAUUCCAUCAAUUGGUGGAAAAUAAAAAAACACCAAAUCCAAGAGUUUAUAAUGAUCAUGCAUUAAUAGCUGAUCGUAAAAAUUAG